GGAUUUAGAAUUCAGAUUUCAUGAACGUGCAAAAUGUACUAAGAAAUAUUAGAAAUAACCAAAAGCUUACAUAAACAUUGGAAUACUGUAUUCUUGAAUUGCGUUAUCUUGUGUUUUUUAAAUAUUAAUUGUUUAAACCUAUUUGUGUCAACAUUGAACACCUUAAUAUCACACUGGAUAGGUUUACUAGGUAAUUUAAUGCAAACAAACUCAAUAUGUCAUUGAAAGUUGUUGUUGAACCAUCUAAAGAUUCUUGGAGAAGAAGUUCAGUUCCAGAAAGGAGUGAGUUAAUAUUUCCAGGAAUAUCCAACGCUAAAGAACGACGCUAUUCAGGCGUGACUUUAAUACAACCAAAAAUAAUUGUUAACGAAGAUACACAUGUGCACGAACGGACCAACCGGAAAUCAAUAAAAACCUCAACCACUGAAAUGGCUUCGAGAUCGACUUCUCGCAGCAGUCUUAAAAGUACCUAUUUGUUACCGACAGAAAGUCGUCAUGGCGACGCCAGAAAGAAAACAACGCGAACAGCAUUAUCAGCAAACCCAAGAGGACGACGUACGGCGUUGGCUGUACAUAAACCACAAGAUAUUCGUUCACAAAGUGCAGUCGCUUUACACGAGCCUACAAAAGAUAAAUGGAAACUGCAUGCUCAAGCUCAUGUUAAUUCUCUCCUCGAGCAAAUGGAAGAUAAAGAUAAAUGGUCUGAUUAUGUUAAAAAACAUAUAUCAAAAAAUUCCAACAAUGUUUUAACAAAAGCCGAAAAGAAAGUUAUUUUAGAACCUAACAAAAAUGUUUCGAAAAUAAAAGAAAACAGCUCAGACGAUGAUAACAGCAGCAGUAGUAGUGGUUCAGAAGAGGAUGGCAGCGACAGUUCCGACUCCGAGGAAGAGAGCGAAAUCGAGAGUGAUGAAGAGCAAGUUAUUCCAGCAACAAAUUCAAACACUUUGAAAGAGACAAAUAUUGGCGCGAAAACAAAUUCAACCAAAAAAUCGAGUGGUCGUUGGCGGAAGGCUGCAAAACGUGUAAAAAAGAGUAAAUCGACGAAUGACGACCCUUUAAAAUCACUGGAAGAAAGCAUAAUAAAAGAACAUGACAGAAAGUUGAAAGCCAAAUAUAAGGACAACAAAAGCGAAGAAAUAGAUAAAUUAAUAAAAGAGUUAAAUCUGGAAAAUUAGGCUGUUAAAUAAUAGAUAAAAUAUAAUUGUAUACAAAUAAA